AUGAAAAUUGGAGAAGUCUUGAGUGUGAGCAGCUCCUUUGUGAGCACAGGGGUUGGGGACCAGCGAAGCCUGGUAAAGUAUGAGUGCAGCAGGACUGUGUGGGCGAGCGCUCCUCUGCUGCUGGCACACUGCACUCUGUGGCGUCUGGUCCUGGCUCCGCACCAGCAGAGACGAGUGAACAAGCAAGACGAGCGUACCAGCAGAGACGAGCGUACCAGCAGAGACGAGCGAACCAGCAGAGACGAGCGAACCAGCAGAGACGAGCGAACCAGCAGAGACGAGCGUACCAGCAGAGACGAGCGAACCAGCAGAGACGAGCGAACCAGCAGAGACGAGCGUACCAGCAAGACGAGCGUACCAGCAAGACGAGCGAACCAGCAGAGACGAGCGUACCAGCAGAGACGAGCGUACCAGCAGAGACGAGCGUACCAGCAAGACGAGCCCCUCACCAUCGCAGCCCUCACCAUCGCAGCCCUCACCAUCGCAGCCCUCACCAUCGCAGCCCUCACCAUCGCAGCCCUCACCAUCGCAGCCUUCACCAUCGCAGCCCUCACCAUCGCAGCCCUCACCAUUGCAACCCUCACUAUCGCAGCCUUCACCAUCGCAGCCCUCACUAUCGCAGCCCUCACCAUCGCAGCCCUCCCCAUUGCAGCCUUCACCAUCGCAGCCCUCACUAUCGCAGCCCUCACCAUCGCAGCCUUCACCAUCGCAGCCCUCACCAUUGCAGCCCUCACCAUCGCAGCCUUCACCAUCGCAGCCUUCACCAUCGCAGCCAUCACCAUCGCAGCCUUCACCAUCGCAGCCCUCACCAUCGCAACCUUCACCAUCGCAGCCCUCACCAUCGCGGCCCUCACCAUCGCGGCCCUCACCAUCGCAGCCUUCACCAUCGCAGCCUUCACCAUCGCAGCCCUCACUCACCAUCGCAGACCUCACCAUCGCAGCCCUCACCAUCGCAACCCUCACUCACCAUUGCAGCCCUCACCAUUGCAGCCCUCACUCACCAUCGCAUCCCUCACCAUCGCAGCCCUCACCAUCGCAGCCUUCACCAUCGCAGCCUUCACUAUUGCAGCUUGCGACACCAAACGCAAGUGCGACACCAAACGCAAGUGCGACACCAAACGCAAGUGCGACACCAAACGCAAGUGCGACACCAAACGCAAGUGCGACACCAAACGCAAGUGCGACACCAAACGCAAGUGCGACACCAAACGCAAGUGCGACACCAAACGCAAGUGCGAGAACAAACGCAAGUGCGAGAACAAACGCAAGUGCGAGAACAAACGCAAGUGCGAGAACAAACGCAAGUGCGAGAACAAACGCAAGUGCGAGAACAAACGCAAGUGCGAGAACAAACGCAAGUGCGAGAACAAACGCAAGUGCGAGAACAAACGCAGUCACCCACCUCCCUCUACGCUCCUUCAAACCCUCACCAUCGCAGCCAUCACCAUCGCAGCCCUCACCAUCACAGCCUUCACCAUCGCAGCCAUCACCAUCGCAGCCCUCACCAUCGCAGCCAUCACCAUCGCAGCCUCACCAUCGCAGCCCUCACCAUCGCAGCCUUCACCAUCGAAGCCCUCACUCACCAUCGCAGCCUUCACCAUCGCAGCCCUCACCAUCGCAGCCCUCACCAUCGCAGCCCUCACCAUCGCAGCCCUCACCAUUGCAGCCCUCACCAUCGCAGCCCUCUCCAUCGCAGCCUUCACCAUUGCAGCCCUCACCAUCGUAGCCCUCACUCACCAUCGCAGCCUUCACCAUCGCAGCCCUCACCAUCGCAGCCCUCACUCACCAUUGCAGCCUUCACCAUCGCAGCCCUCACCAUCGCAGCCAUCACCAUCGCAGCCCUCACCAUCGCAGCCCUCACUCACCAUCGCAGCCCUCACCAUCGCAGCCUUCACUAUCGCAGCCUUCACUAUCGCAGCUACAUCAGAAGUAACUUUUUGA